AUAGUACCGCGGGUUUAACUCAACCCAGACUUAGCAGUUUGCACAGUCCUUCGCUGCGCCCUCUCCAGCAAUGUUCGCACCAGCCGCUGCGCCUCAGGGCGAUGUUGUAGGACUACUUUCGUGGCCGUCCCACCUGUCCGGCGCGCUUCUGGGCGCCUGCUACCUGCUGGGCGCGCUGUGGGGCAUCAGCUGCGGCCUGUUCAGCGUGGGCUGGGACCUGGCGGGCCUGCUGACGGGGCGCAACCGCAAGGCGCGCCGCGCUUGCCUGCUGACGCAGCAACCGCAGCAACAGCCCGCGGCCGUUGCCAGCAGCACUGCCCCUGCCGACCCUCAGCCCCCGGCUCUGGCUUCCGCACCUCAGGCCACCGCUGCCAAACCGCCGACCACGCCGACGCCCGCCGAGAAGCCGCCGGCUCCGGCGGAGGCCAGCCCGCCCUUUGCAAAGCCCAUCUCGGGAGCACAUGCGCCGGCGGGACCCGUUACUGCUGCAGGCAGGGUGGAGACCACGACUGAAGCGGACGCAGACGCGAAGGCAGUGCAGGCGGCGGAUGCGGGACGCGCGUGGCUCGCUCGCCAGGGGCAGCAGCAGCCGGCCGCGGCUGCGGAGCACACUCCAGGAGUGCAGGCGGCGCCGACAGGAAACCGCGGUGCUGCUGCUGUGUACGCUCCGGACCCCAAUGCCGGGGCGCUGGAGCGCGAGGAGCAGGGCGCCUGGCAGGAUGACGGCGAGCAGAGCGAGGGUGGCAGCAGCACCGCCACCACCUGCUCCUUCUUCACCGCCACCAGCGCCGACGCCAUGUCCCGCCGUUCCGACUCCCCAGUCACGCCCGUCGCCGGCACCGGUGCCGUCGUAAACGGCCACGGUGCCGGCAACGGCGAGCAGGCUGCGCCUGCGCCUGCUGCGGAGCAAGUGGGCGUGGCGGGAACUGGAGGAGGCGGCGAGGGCCAGGCGGCCGCGGCGCGGCCGGCGCACAAACGGAGCCAUGGUCAGCGCCGCGGUGGCGCCAAGGGUGCCGCGCGUUGAUGCGGCCGCUGGUGCUGAGGUGUGGGCAUGGCCAAUUUGUAUUUGUGGAGGAAGGCCGGCAGGAGGACAGAACCGUUGGGGAAGCGAACCCAGACCAUUGCAGUCGCACACCUUGUACGACCACACCGGUCAUUUGUUGUCGUAUAUACGACAGGAAUGCGCAUGGAGAGGGGGUCCGCAACUCGUCACCCAAUAAUGUGGUUUAGGAAAGCGCAAAGAGAAGGCGGUACCCUGCCGAAUGUGUGUGUGUACAUACACACGCGGCGGUUGCACAGGCGCGCAGAUUGUGUUGUUGAGCAGCAGGUGGUAUUCUUUCCAGAGAAUUUUACAGCGACGCUUCCCCACAUGCGGGAAAGGGCGUGGCCUUGUGCUGAACUUGUUUAGUAACCUUGGAGCUUUACUAGUGCUCUUGGAUCUUGAAAUUGGUUUGUUGCAGAAAUAAUCUACGCCAAAUUGCCCUGUCCUGAUGUCUGAGCAAAUUGCACUGCAGACAAGGUGGGUUAGGGCUAGUGCCGAGCGUGGGAGCAGAGCAACAUGUGUGGAAGGAUGCAGGCAACAUCAGAUAUCCCCGGGUGUCCGACUGGUAGCAGGGGUCGUGUCGUAAACAAGAGAUGGGACCUGGAUGUGACGUUUGGGGGUCCGUGGUCAUUGCCGUAGGGGUGCUUGCUCGCGUUUGAUCGAAGUGAUUUUUGGGUAGGCAGGUUGUGCCUUGCAAGGGCCACCGCGCGUUGUUUGCUACUUGCUGCAGUUGUUUGCUGAUUGCCGCACUUAUCUUAGGGUCGCGUUGGGAUUUGUCUGUUUGGGGCGUUGUCACGGCGUUGUCACGCGGUCCUGCACGAAUGGCGCCAGGGGCCCAGGACCAGGAACGGCAGGAAUGGACCCCAUUCGAGAGUGGAGGCCGCCGGGCUUGCCGUACAGCUGUACUUCCACGGCGCACACGCGAGCUAUGCCGGCGGCAUGUGGAAUUGUGAAUAAGAUGUGCACCGGUGUCGGGAACUUUUCGAAGCCCGCGAGGCGCGAGCUGGAUACCGCCGGGAGUGUUACCAGACCAGUUGUAAGGGGUUGCAGGAUGGAGGUAAGGGUUGGGGCCCACGGUGUCCUGGCGCUGAGUCGCCGACUGUGGCGCACGAUGUAACGAUGCGCCCGUGACUCUAGAGCUUCGAACGAGUUAUGGGAUUACGCGUCACUUGAACCUACUCGAGUAUGCCUGUGUAACAUAAAUGUUUG